AUGGCGGAACAAAUGGUGACAGAGGAUGGCACACCAGUCAUGGUGAAUGCUGAUGGCGGUUACUCGACUGUUCCUUAUGCCUCGGCCACGGAUAAUGGCCAAGUGUAUCUGUCUCUUAAUGAUCUCGGAAUACAGAAUGAAGGUGAGGAAAUGGUCCUCAUUGCCGCCGAUGAGAACAUGGAUAUGGCCACACUUGAGAAUCUAAUUGCUUCGGGCGCGUACACUACUGUGACUGGUGAGGGUGGAGCUGAAUAUAUUCAGCCGGGUGGCAUUACUUACCGUUGCCCAUCAUGCCCUGCAAUGUAUUCCAAUGCGAACGCAUUCACUAAGCAUAUGCGAGAGAAGCACUUCGUAAAAGUCUAUACCUGUCGGCAGUGCGAAGAGUUCUUCGAGACGCUAAGCCAACUGUUUCUUCAUGCUCGUCGGAACCACGUGGAUCCUAAAAAACCGAAGCGAAACCCCGCAAACUACAAAUUUCAUUGUGACCAAUGUAAUUAUAUGACAAAUAAUGGAGGUACUAUGGAACAUCAUAAAAGGGCGCAUACGGGCGAGAAGCCGUACGUUUGCGACGUGUGCAAUAAAAGAUUUGCGCAGAAGGCGAACAUGAAAACCCACAGAAACAGGCAUAUUUAUCGUGACAAGAUCUUUCGUUGUGAUACGUGCAACAAAGCAUUUUCGUCCUACGAUAUCUAUCUUGCCCAUCUCCGGACUCGUGAACAUGAGCUUCGCGAACAUUUUGCUAUGAUGGCUUCUUCUCAGCUGGCCCUGGAAUGUCUAGGAUGCGCUCUUACUUUUGACAGCAUAUACAACUUGAACAAGCACACGCGCAGUUGUCGCAUCGUUAGGACGCUACAAACCAAGUUUCGGUGCCUGCCGUGCAACGCCUAUGUCAGUGACGUUGCUUCACUCAAGGCUCACGUUAAGGCCCACGAGGGAAGUCAAAUAAUAUCCUGCCCCGUUUGUGGAGAACGCGGUUUUCCGGGCUUUAACCAACUGAACCACCACAUCACUCGUGCUCAUGCUCUGAAGGUCAAUCGUCGGCACGUUUGCCGUUACUGUGAAUCCACAUUUGAAUUAAAAAAGGAUCUCGAUACUCAUAUACGUAGCAUGCACGCAGAAGAACGUAAUGCCCGACAGUCCAGAGGUGCUGUUGGGCGUCUAAAGUGCCGUUACAGCAACUGCGAUACUUUUAUUGACCCGGAAGCCGAAGAGGAUUAUGAAAUUGAAGAUGAAGUCGAUGAUGAUUUGGCCCCUGUUGAGGACAGUGACGUCCUAAGUUUAUACUGCGAUUUUGGAUAUCACAAGCAAUUGUCGCCCACACUUUCUUAA